AUUAACAUUUUGUGGUACCCAGUGACUUUGCAUUGGUUUUACAUUUAAAAUCCCCAAUUGUAUGACAACAGCAAUUAAAUUUAUUGUCUACGAACGGUCACCAUGCAAAACUAGCAGCAGCUAGUUAGGGUUAGUGUUAAUUGUCCGUAAAGAAACAUAGCUAUUCUCCAAUAUGAAUGGAGAACGGCAGUAGUUUAUUCCUGAUGUGGAACGUAAUCACAUACAUACAUACAUACAAUGCAUAAAUGUCAUUGUCUAAAAUUUACUACCACGCGGCCAUUACGUAAGUUUGCUGAAACGGUUGGAGAUUUUUAUUGCGGUGGACGAGUGCUUUUUUAUUCAGCAGAAGGCAACAAUCGCUUGGUCGAAAGUUUGCGACAAUUUCAAGAUGAUAUGGAUUCGUUAAACCGAAUUUCCAACAACAAAUCGAAUUCUGAAAUGGUGAAUCGUAUACAACAGCAAAAUGCUACCAGUUCAGAAAUAUUGAAAGAAAAUCGCGAGCUAAAAAUAUGCAUUGAAGAUUAUGAACGCACCAUGGAGUUCAUAAUGCAAAAAUAUCGCGAACCUACAACCAGCAAAAUACUCGAAAGCAAAAUUAACUUCAAAGAAGUAUAUAAUGAGGAACUGUGGAUAAUCAUAUGUGAACAAAAACGCCUGCUACACCUACAUAUCUAUAAUGGCAUUGCCCACUAAAACGCCCAAGAUUGGUCACACACGUAUGUAUGCAUUCCCGAUACACGCAUAUACGGUCAUCCCAUCAACUGCAACCAGCAGCCUUCCAGCCAGAAAUAAUCGUGAAGAAACAAGUAUUUGCAUUAAUUGGAGACAAAUCCUAUGAAUUCGUUAAUUCAUAAAAACGGGCGUAAUUUUUUUCGAGUUGCGCCUCCAUCGACACCCACAAAAACAAAUGCACCUCCAUUGGAUGGUAUGAUGGCACACACGCCCACACAAGGACCACCUGCUAUGCACAGUGGCGGAUAUGAUUCGAGAGUUGCGCACGGAUUUUGGUAUGUACACCUCCAAAUAUGUAUGUACAUGUAUAAGUUAUAGGCAUAAUGCCAACUAUGUUAAUGAACCUGCACUUUCGAUAAUAUUCGAAACUUUUAUCUACUUAUGUAUGAACAUACAUACAUGUAUUGCCCCCAAGUUUAGCAAAAAAGGAUAAAAUAAAAUGUUAUA